UAUAGGCAAGGCUUACAACACUAGGAAGACAACAAUGGAAGAGCCAUUUCUUCUGCAAGAUGAGCAACUUGUCCCUUGUAAAGCCACAUGGAAAAGUGGUCAGGUUACCGUCGAGCUGAAGAAAGUGAGCAGCUUGGCCGCUCCUAUGGCCGCCGUAACCAUUGCUCAGUACUUAUUGCCUGUCAUUUCAGUCAUGGUCGCUGGCCACAAUGGUGAGCUCCAGCUCUCCGGCGUCGCUCUUGCAACCUCCUUCACAAACGUUUCCGGGUUCAGUAUUUUGUUUGGGUUAGCGGGUGCACUAGAAACUCUUUGUGGCCAAUCUUAUGGAGCCAAACAAUACGAAAAAAUCGGAACCUACGCAUACUCUGCAAUGGUCUCUAACAUCCCUAUUUGUGUCCUCAUAUCAAUUCUCUGGAUUUACAUCGAAAAGCUCUUAAUCUUUCUCGGUCAAGACCCUGACAUCUCCAGAGUCGCUGGCUCCUACGCCUUUUGGCUCAUACCGGCUUUGUUCGCCCAUGCGUUUUUCAUACCACUGACUCGGUUUCUGCUAGCACAAGGGUUGGUUCUUCCACUGCUCUACUCUACCCUGACCACUCUUUUGUUCCACAUCCCUGUUUGCUGGGCUUUUGUUUCCGCGUUUAGUCUGGGAAGCAAUGGAGCUGCCAUGGCUAUUGGUGUCUCUUUCUGGUUUUAUGUUGUGAUUCUCUCAUGUUAUGUGAGGUUCUCCAGCUCCUGCGACAAGACUCGUGUAUUUGUAUCCAGUGAUUUCGUGUCUUGUAUCAGGCAGUUCUUCCAUUUCGGAGUCCCAUCAGCGGCAAUGGUUUGCCUAGAAUGGUGGCUAUUUGAACUACUCAUACUCUGUUCAGGUCUUCUCCCAAACCCAAAACUCGAGACCUCUGUUCUUUCAAUUUGUCUUACAACAGCAAGUUUUCACUAUGUGAUCCCAGCUGGAGUCGCGACGGCUGUGAGCACACGCGUGUCAAACAAAUUGGGAGCUGGGAUUCCUCAAGUUGCUAGGAUUUCAGUAUUGGCAGGGCUUUGUCUCUGGCUGGUAGAAUCAGUUUUCUCUACCACACUUCUCUUCACCUUCCGGAACAUCAUAGGCUACGCAUUCAGCAACAGCAAAGAAGUUGUGGACUAUGUUGCUGACCUAACUCCUUUGCUCUGUCUCUCCUUUGUUCUUGACGGAUUUACCGCAGUUCUUAAUGGGGUUGCUAGGGGAAGUGGUUGGCAACACAUUGGAGCUUUGAACAAUGUGGUAGCUUAUUAUCUAGUAGGAGCUCCGGUUGGAGUUUACUUAGCUUUUAAUCGUGAAUUGAACGGAAAAGGACUAUGGUGCGGUGUUGUGGUCGGAUCAAAGCUUAUCUUAGUCAAGGACGAUCAAUGGUAUUAACUGUUAAGUAUGGUUUAUCUCAAUGAAUCAAAACUGAUGAU